AUGGGCGAUCUGCUCAGCUCGCGCUGGGCUCCCGAUGGGAGCGGUCGCUACAAUGGCACAAGCACCACUCCCUCUCUCCGCCGACCAAGAUCCGAAACCCCGCUCCUCAACCACAGUUCCUACCCCUCGCAAUCCCGCUCACCAGCGCCAGCACCCAGCACCGGUCUCCUCCCUCCGCACGAAGAACUCGCGCGCUUCAUGAAAAUCGUCUCCAGACUGCGAUGGAAGCUCCCGUUUCUGGCAGAGGCUUAUCGCCUCGCGACCAUUCCGAUCGAUCAGGCUGUCUCGAGCGAGUCGCUCGCGCACGCGGAGAUCAUGUUCAAGAUCGACUUCCACGAGUACUACGCCCUCUUGGAACGGGCUAUCGUCCACUUGCUGGCUGUUUUCAAUAUCACCGUUUCUGCGCGCGCGCAUUUGCAGAAUGGAGCUAGCGGGCGGGCAGGACUACAUCGAUACCAUGCGAAUGUGCUCCAGGCGCUCCAGGAAGAAUACACGCCCCUGACGCCGGUUCUGGGGUCGGGGAAGGCUCAUGAGAUGCUGCGUAAAGCGAAGGAGCUGCGCAACCGUUGGAAAACGGCCGAUAUGACCGCUGACGAAAAAGAGCGGGAUCUGAUAGGAGACCGAGAUGAGUCUUCUUCGCUUGCCAGCUACAAUUUCGAGGAGAUCGUUUUGGGCAUAUUUGCUGGGUUGGAGGAGGGUUAUGCUCGGGCUCAAGCACAUGUGGAUUUGUGUCAGAAACCGGGAGAUCAUGGUCAGGAGGGGAGUGGGACUGAGGACGACUGGGGGUUCAUGGUUGAUGCGAUGGAUUGGGAAGCCGUCUGA